GCUUGUCAGGCUUGUCAAUGUCGUAUACUUACUUCUAAGUUACGCUCUGUAUGCUGGCUACCGUAUUCUAGGCUGAAUAUUAAUGUCGACAGUCCCAGCCACACCAAGAGCGAAGGCGGGUAUCACCCCUGCAACGCCAACGACAAAUCGAGUGGCAGGAUCCCAUGUUCUUCAAGCAUCUCCUCAUUACGCGACAACCAGGCGUCACUCUCUCUAUGGCACAGAGGAUCGUGUUGUAAUCGACCCAGGUUCACGAAUCUGGAAAGUCGGAUUCAGUGGCGAAGGAAAACCUAGAGACGUGUUCUACGCUGACCCCAAAAAAUAUGGCUCCCUGUGGAGUUGCAAUCGAGCUACAGACCCAGCAGAAAGGACAGAGCAGGACAACAUGUUGGCAAUCAACUUGGAGAGAUGUAUGCGUUCCGUUUUUCACGAGUCACUUCUUGCAGAACCCAAGGCCCGAAAGGUGAUAAUGGUCGAGCAUCCAUUAAUGCCGCUGUACAUUAAGGAUAUGUUAGCUCGCAUCCUCUUUAGUAACCUCCAGGUCCCCUCAAUAUCAUUCGCAUCAAGUCAUCUGUUGUCUCUGUUAUCUGUUGGACGAAUAACAGGCCUUGUCUUGGAUUGUGGCCAUCUAGAAUCCACUGCAUUACCUAUAUUCGCAGCACGUCCUCUCUUCCCCCAACUCCGAACAACACCACUCGCAGGCUCUCGGUUUUCGUCCCACAUCCGUGUACUACUCCUUUUAUUUGGUUCUUACCUCCCUCCACCAACUACACUCAGUGCAGCUGUCAACGUGCCCGCAGCCAAUCGCACUACUCGUGUACCACAAGAGAUACUAACGGAUGCUGUUAUCGAGGACAUCAAGACGCGCUGUUGCCUCGUGUCAGAUGCUUUAGAAUCAUCUUUCAAUGAUACCCGCGCAUCCUCCCCGCUAGGCGACGAUCCUUCAGAACACGAGCCUCCUCCCUCAAGUGACCCUGCCAUGUCUGAGUCCGAGUUUUCACGGGGUUCCCUCGGCCAGGAGAGUGCAGCAGAGUCCGAGUUCUCGAUCAUCUCCCAUCCGACUCAUCCUAGCUCCGGUGGAGAGGCAAGAAAUGAAAACCAUCUGCAAGUCAUUGCGAAUAUGUACAUGCGUCAUUCCACCGCUACGGAUCUUCACAUACGCGUUGUUCCACCUGUUUCUCAGCAGACGGGAACAGGGCGUGGAACGCUCGUCAUCCCGGGCUGGAUCCGCGAACGCGCUGCCGAGGUGCUGUUUGAAGGAGGCGAUGUCGAUGAAAGUAGUGUCGCAGAAGUAAUCUUGGAUGCUUUACUCAAGGUCCCACUUGAUCUUCGUAAAACACUGGCAUCCUCUAUUCUCAUCACAGGAGGAACAGCCGUGCUUCCCGGGUUCAUUCCUCGGUUACACGCGGAGCUUCUGCGUGCCACCGCACCGCUAAAUACGUCAUCAACACGGUCAAGACCCACAUACGAUCGCUAUGCUGCAUUACGCCCAUUGGUACCACAUUUUGCUAUCCUCAACAAUCCCGCACCGGUACCCUCAUCAAGCACACGUGCCAAUGCGAACGCAGGGAAAGCGCCAGCUUUCACACCUGCUACUAUGGCGUGGGUGGGUGGCUCCCUAGCUGGGGCAUUAAAAACGGGGGGCGUCGAAGUUGCACGAGAGAAAUGGGAUGAGUCAGAUCCAGCGCAAACUGACCAGGAUGAUGAUGUUGUGAUGAUUCCCCUUAUACCUGAAUAUGCUCCAAGAAACGUGAUACCAGACUGGACUAGAGGACCGCUGCCCGCGGGCGCGCCGCCUGCUGUAGCCCCUAAACCUCCGCCUACCCCGCAAGCCGUCGGUGCUUGACUGUAUCUUUGUAUAAUUGUUCUCAUGAAAGAUCAGGCAAAGA